UCACUGUUCUCGUUAGUAGGGCUAAGACAGGGAUAAAAGUGAAAUUUGGUGCAGCUACGGAAAAUUGUUUUGAUGUACGAAAAAACAAUAAAGUGCCCUCGUCAAAUUUUAUUUAUCCAUGUAUAUGAUUUUACGCAAAGUGUUUGACGUUUAUAAUCCUUUUUACUAUAACGUACUAUUUCCCAAUUAAUUAUUACUCGGCAAUUAGGGCUGCUGCAGCAAACGUAGCAGCAGCAGCUAAGCGAGAUUGAUUACUAUAUGCCUAAGGAGGCUGUUUUGAAGGAGUAGAGUUAUCAUUGUGUUGAAAUGGUGACAAUUAACAAUCAAAAUAAUUAAUUGCGUGGCAUAAAGCCCUGAACAGCGGUGAACAAAUAUAAGGUAGCUUAAUAGUCAAGCAACGAUUUCGGGAACGGCCUUGCCCCGCCCUAUAUACACAAUAUGGGUGGUGACGCAGCGAUUCGUCGCAGCGCUACACUGGCAUCUACGCAUAAUGAAAUGGGUACAAUGGCACAUUUAAUGGAAGGACAACGAGAAUCGGAGCCAUAUAGAACAAAUCGACAAGGUAAUGGACUUGCGGCAUCAAGAUUUGCUUGCCUUCGUUGUUGUGGAAACGUACUUUCAUAUCUAGUACGUUUACGCAACACACCUGAGGAGUUGGAACAAAGAUACAAGUCUCGAGAAAUCGACAAAUUUUUGGAAAAGGAAAAACAUACGUUUCGACGACAGGUAAAACUUUUGUUACUUGGUGCCGGUGAAUCUGGAAAAUCAACCUUCCUAAAGCAAAUGCGUAUAAUACAUGGUAUUAAUUUUGAACCUGAGCUAAUCCGAGAAUACCAAUAUGUGAUAUAUCAGAACGUACUGCGAGGAAUGCAAGUAUUGAUUGACGCCCGACAAAAAUUGGAAAUCCCUUGGGAAAACAACGAAAGAGAAAACGACGCAAAUUACGCCAAAUUAAUCGAAUGUAGUAAUGUAGAAAUUGAUAAUUUCAUACAAUGGUCUCCGUACAUUCGCAGACUAUGGCAAGAUCGUGGUAUAAGGCGUGCCUAUGAGAGGAGAAGAGAAUUUCAAAUUAGUGAUUCUGUCAGUUACUUUCUGAAUGAUAUUGACCGCCUAGCUACGUAUGAUUAUGUGCCAACUCAGAAAGAUAUUUUGCACUGCCGAAAAGCAACCAAAGGGGUUUAUGAAUUUUGUGUGAAGAUACAAAACAUUCCAUUUGUGUUUGUUGAUGUCGGUGGACAACGUACUCAACGACAAAAGUGGACUAAAUGUUUUGAUUCAUCAGUAACAUCGAUAAUUUUCCUCGUCUCCAGCUCAGAGUUUGAUCAAGUCCUUGCAGAGGAUAGAAAAACAAAUCGUUUGGAGGAAUCGAAAAAUAUAUUCGACACAAUCGUUAACAAUAAUACGUUUAAGGGAAUAUCAAUAAUAUUAUUUCUAAAUAAAACUGAUUUGCUUGAGCAAAAAGUACGCAAUCCAGAGACUGAUAUCCGCUGGUAUUAUCCCCAAUUCAGCGGGAACCCGCAUUCACUGCUCGAUGUGCAAAAUUUUACUUUGCAAAUGUUUAUGAGUGUACACAAAAGUCCUCAAAGCCGCAUCUAUCACCACUUCACCACUGCCAUAGACACUCGAAAUAUGAAAUAUGUAUUUAAUUCUGUUAAAGAUACGAUAUUGCAGAGAAACCUGAAUGCAUUGAUGUUACAAUGAGCAAUGCAUGAGCAGCUAUCUGAGUAUACUGAUUUCCCUAAACGUUAUAGGCAUAUUUAGAAAUAUAAUGUAGGUUCAGCUCGAAUUAAGCAAGCGGCAUUAAUAAUAUAAUCUCAUUUGUUUAAAUUUAUAUAUAUAUACAUACAUACACGCAUGCAUAAAAAAGCCGUAUUAGUGCAAAAGGCAGAUACCCCUAUCAUAACUUACAUACGAGUAUAUAUUUAAAGUAAUUUCUUUUCCAUAAAAUGCUACUUCGAUAGGGCUAACAUUGCAUUAUAACAUAAAAAAUUUUAAUGUACAUAUAAUAUAUAGAUAAUAUAAAUUGUUUUGAAUAUUUAUACGUUAUACUUAUCGUAUAUAAGAUUCAGGUGUAAAAAUAUACUUUAUAAAUAUACUGUAUUUAUAUACUUUAAUUAUUAUAUUAUAUUUGCAU